AUGCCGUCGAGCGGCGCGGGGGCCGAUGCGGCGCUCUCGCCGAGCCAUCCGGUGAACCUGCGCAAGCAGGUGCGCUUGCAGCUCGAUCCAUCCUUCUCUGUGAAAAGCUAUAUUGGCGCCGCGGCGACGCUCCUGGAAAAGGCGCAGAUGGCCGACGCCCAGGGCAACCUCGAGUCGGCGUUUGUGCACUAUUUGACGACAGCGAGUGUCGCAUCCUUCGUGCCAAAGCAUACCGAAUGGGCCGAGGUGAAGCAGCAGCGCGGCGCGACGUUUGUCGCCUACCAGGAGCUGAUGAAUCGCACGCCCGAGAUUGUGCGCCGGUCGCAGGCGAUCGAGGCGGAGCUCAAGGCGCGCGAGGAGCGCGUGCCGUCGCCGGACUCGGACACGGACGAGCUCGCGCGCAAGUUUGCCGCACUCAAGAACGACGGGGAUAGCCGGGGCGGCAGUCCUCAGAAAGACGCACCGAGCCACUCGAGCAGCCCCGUGCGGCCGCUGCCGACGCCCCGCGACGAGAGCGCACGCCUCUCGCCGCAGCGCCCGUCGUCGACGCACAAGACGUCGCCACCGGCGGUUCCGCCGAGCCUCGCGCCCAGUGUGGCGCCCACGCCGGCGGCCUCGGGAAGCACGCCGAGCCCCCCGCCGAUGGCGCCAGGCGCGGUGCCGGGCGGCGCGUGCCUCCCGGUCGACGAGCUGUGGACAUUCAUGUUUCCCGGUUUUGACCGCACCACGGAUGCGAGCGGGCGCGAAGUGCUGUCAAAGCGCCCCGGCCUGCGCAUUCUGCUGCUCGAUGUACGCCCCCGGCCUGUGCACGAUGCCGGCCACCUGCGCGGGGCCGACUGCGUGUGCAUCGACCCCGCGUGGCUGCGCACGCCACCGGUCUCGACGAUGGAGCUCGAAGAGGAGCUCGAGCGUGUGUCGAGCGCCGAGGCCGUGCGCUUUGCGCAGCGUGCCUCGUACGAUUUGCUGGUCAUUUACGACGAAAACACGCGUGCGUUUGGCGCCGCUGGCCUGCAUACGCCCGAGCAAGCGUUGAUCGAUGCGCUGGUGCGUGCGAUCCGCCCGGAUCUUGACAAUGCGCCUGCGCUGCUGCGCGGCGGCUUUUCGUCGUGGUCGCGGGCGGUGGGCGAUGCGGGCGUCAUCGCGACGCCGGGCGUGCAGCACGACACGCUCCAGGCCGUGAAGCAGUCGCGCGUCGAGGGGUACCGCGUGCCGUCGAGCGAUAUCAGCAAGCCGCCGCGCGCGUACCACAGCCCGUCGAGCCGCGACAUUCCUCCGUCGCUCCUCUCGGGCGGUGCCGCGCAGCGUGCGAGCGAGCGGAGCAUGCUUGCGCCGCCGCCGCCCGCUGCGCCGCCCGCCGGGAGCGUGCACCGGAUGCAAGCGGCGCCGGUGCGCCCGCGCGAGGUGCGUGUGCCGGACGUGCGUGUCGGGAUGAGCGGCCUGCGCAACUUUGGCAAUACGUGCUACAUGAACGCGACGCUGCAGUGUCUUUCUGCGACUGUGCUCCUGUCGCGCUACAUGCUCGACGGGACCUUUAAGAAGGCGAUCAACUUGCAGAACCCGCUCGGGACGCGCGGCGCGCUUGCCGAGGCCUUUGCGCAGCUGCUGCGUGUGAUGUGGUCGCAGCAGUACGCCUCGCUCUCGCCGAACUCGUUCCGCAGCCAGAUUGCCAAGUUUGCGCCGGCCUUUGGGUCGAACGAGCAGCAAGACAGCCAGGAGUUUCUCACGUUCCUGCUCGACGGUCUGCACGAGGACCUGAACCUCGUGCAGCAGCGCCCCCCCGCGAUCGAGCUUGGCGAGGCGCAGCAGGCCGAGCUCGACCGCCUCCCGCCGCAGCUCGCGAGCGUUGCGGAAUGGAGCAUGUACCGCCGGCGCAACGAUAGCGUGAUUGUCGACGCAUUCCAAGGGCAGUUGCGCAAUCACCUGCAGUGCCUGACGUGCGGCAAGACGUCGACGACCUACAAUGCCUUCCUCUCGCUCUCGCUCCCGGUGGCGCACGGGCGGGGCGUGCACAGCACGACGCUGAUGCAGUGUCUCGACGCGUUUGUGCGUGAAGAGGUGCUGGAUAAGAGCAAUGCGUGGAACUGCCCGCGCUGCAAGAAGCCGCGGCGGGCGACCAAGAAGCUGAGCCUGUCACGCCUGCCGCCGAUCCUCGUGGUGCACCUGAAGCGCUUCACCUACAAGGGCCCGGUCACGAACAAGAUCAGCACGCCGGUGCACUUUCCCACCACCGGGCUGGAUUUGUCCAACUACAUGCCGCCGCCGCUGCCCCCGGGGACCUCUGCGCAGGGGAUUCCUGCAAGCGAGAGCCAGCGCCCACCCUACCUGUACGAUUUAUACGCGGUGACGCACCACUUUGGGUCGCUCACGUCCGGGCACUACACCGCCUCGAUAAAAAACCAGAGCGCAUGGCAGUACUGCGACGACUCGCGCAUCGCCCCCGGCGACCCCAACCAGCUCCAGAGCGCCUCUCCCUACGUGCUCUUUUUCCGGCGGCGGCCGCGUUCAUAG